AUGGAAGACGAAACAGCCGACAUGAUACCAGCCGACAGGUUCACGUUGCCCGCACGCGGCGACGCAGUGGUGGAGUUAUGGAGGUCGAAAAUGGCUGAAGGUUUGCUCUCGCCCUCACAUUUCCAAGACCACUGGCGUAUCACCGUACCCAGGAUUUAUUCGCCGCAGCCCAAUCGCACAUGUCUAGAUUGGUCGUUCGAUGAGGAAUUAGCUUCGAAGCUACUAAUUCAGCCGCUGGAGGAGUUCGUAUGGGGUGCGACAGAGAGCUCCAGGCCGCCUCCACCGCGUCGUUCGACGCUCUGUGGCAAAGUAUUCAAGCAGGGCGAGCCUGCGUACAGCUGCAGAGAAUGUGGAAUGGACAACACAUGCGUUUUAUGCGUGGAGUGCUUCAAGGUGUCCGCGCACAGGAACCACAAGUACAAAAUGGGCCAGUCACGGGGUGGGGGGUGCUGCGAUUGCGGUGACACAGAGGCAUGGAAGAGAGAUCCGUUCUGCAAACUACACUCGGCAACAGAUGACAAAGAGGAGGCUCAGUCCACCGAACCAGAAGUGUUAGAGCGAAUGAAGAUCGUGGCAUCCGUCUGUCUGUCGUACUGCUUCAGACUACUCACGCUUGACCACGCCCCUGGUCUACCCAAUGAUCUUAGAUUAAAAGAUUCCGAACGCGAUCUCCUACAAAUAUUGGAUCAGCCGGAUUGCUAUUGUACCGUGCUCUACAACGACGAAACGCACACAUUUGAGCAGGUCAUAACCACUUUGAUGCGAGUAAUGAAGUGCAACCACCGCGACUCAGUCGAGCUGGUCAGUCUGAUUGACCGCGAGGGAAGGGCACUUGUCAAAUGUAACUCGUUCCAAGUUUGUGACAAGCUCAAGACGGAUAUUGAAAUCCGGUGCGCGAUGUUCGAAAGGUUCACGUCGCGACACGGCCCGGAGCUGCGAGUUCUCGUGAUGCACGCGCACGUCAUCGCCCACCAGACCUUCGCCAUGAAGCUCCUCACCUGGUUACAAAAUUUCGUGAGCCAAGAGCAGAGUCUUCGCUUGGCUGUUAGCCAGGUGGCUUUGGGGGAAGAAGCUGGGUUCGGUGGUGGCUCUCUGCCCGGUAUCAACGGGGGUGUUGCAGCUGGGGUGAUGCAGAAUGAUUGCCGUAUGUGGAAAGCUGCCAGAACAGCAUGGCAUAGACUACUCAUUGCUACUACCCUAAUGGACUAUUCGACUAAAAAGGCAAUGGCUAUACUCUUCACUAAGAACUAUGGAUCAAUGCUCAAUGACUUCAUUCGCGAUGACCACGACCAUUCGUUCUCGGUUGCAUCGCUAUCUGUUCAGCUGUACCCAACGCCGACGCUUGCGCAUCAUCUCAUCGCGAAACAUGAUGCGCUGUUUGUCGUCUUGAAUACCUUUGUGAGCGAGUGCAAUAGACGCUGCAAUGUUGAGGGCCGUCUGGAGUUUGAUCGCAAUCACCUAUCUAUGGCAUUCAAGCGCGCUCAAUUCAUAUUAUAUGAUGUAAAGUACCUCUUGGGUGCGGUGCCGACCACCUUCGACAGUGAUCUCCGCAAAGGAUUCCUUCAUGGUUUAUCAUUGUUACUGAAUCUGCUGGUUAUGAUGCAGGACAUGGAUUCUGUUGUUCGUCAGAUCGGGCAACACAUGGAAUAUGAACCGGAAUGGGAAUCUGCGUUCAACUUACACGUGAAGCUUGCGCACAGUAUUACGUUAGCGCUAGAAUGGUGCAGCGUCGAGCGCGCGCUAUGCGCUUCAGCCUAUCGCAUGGCAUUAAUCCGUUAUGCCGACACUUUUCGUUAUCCCGAGCUUCAAUCGAGAGAACUAGGGAGCCAGAGUGCAUUCGUGAUACCAUACGACGUCUCCAAAGAACCGGUGUCAGUGCAUCGGCCUCUAUCCCGGUUCAUUGCCGGUCUGCACCUACAUUUGCAUAAGCAUGGUCUCUCGUAUCACAUUCGAGUGUUCGAGAGACCGGAGAAACCAAAACCAACACCUGAGGAACUUAUUGAGCCAGUACUGCGCACGGCAGCUAUGAUCGCGCAAGUGCAUGCUGGCAUGUGGCGUCGUAACGGGUUCGCGCUUCUCAAUCAGCUCUUCUUUUACCACAACGUCAAGUGUCGUACUGAGAUGUUGGACAGGGACGUCGUUAUGUUGCAGAUCGGCGCGUCACUGAUCGAAAGCAACGAGUUUAUAAUCCAUGUGCUAAACAAAUUCAACCUGCUGGAGUGGGCCGCUGCCGACUUUGAACAGAAACCGAUUGAGGAUGACACCUUGCGACACACGAUUAGCAUGGUGGAAGAGUUCCUUACUCUACUGAUAACUAUCGUUGGAUCUCGCUAUGUGCCUGGCGUUGGUGAAGUGACACCUGAAGAGAGAACGAAGAAGGAAAUUAUUCAGAUGCUGUGCGUCAAGCCCAUGCCACAUUCUGACCUCAACAAAUCUCUACCAGAAGACCAGCUACACGAGACAGGACUCGAAGCAGUUAUCCACGAAGUAGCUGACUUCACAAAACCAAUGAGCAGCAACAACCGAGGCUUGUACAAGCUCAAACCCCACCUCUACGACGAGUAUGACGCUUUCUUCUACCACUACACUAGAGAGGAGCUGUCUAGGAGUGAGGAAGAACAGAGAAAUAGGAGAAAGGCAGCAAAUUUACCAGAAUGCUGUCCGCCUCCACCGCUACCCAAGUUAACGCCGCCGUUCCGUCUUCUCGCGAACCUCCUGCAGUGCGACGGCGCGCUUCACGUGUUGAAAUGCGUGCUUGAACGUGCUAUAGAUCUGCGCGCGAGAUCCUUUUCAGAGCCGCAAGUGCAUAAGGCCCUGCACCUCAUCGGAUACGCGCUACGAGACGAAGAGUCCGGUCACUAUGAGUUUCUGGCGUUCGCCGAAAGCGCAGCGCGUGCCGGCCUCCUUGAGCUGCUGCAAGAAUUAUCGCACAGCCCUAGGGUCGAUGCUCAUCGGGCGCUCGCCACGUGGCUUCUAGCUAAGAUGAGGACCCUGCUUGGUCAGGCUGACGAAAUUGGCGAUGGAGACAAAAUGGAAGUUGAAAAUGACGAGACGCCCCCUGCCGAAGCUGCUGAGAAAGCACGUCGUGCGAAACUAGCAGCGGAGAGGAGGGCAAAGGUGAUGGCUCAGAUGCAAGCGCAGAUGAACAAGUUCAUAACGAAUAACUCUUUACUUUUUGAGGAAACUACCACCGAGGCUACUGAAGAAGAACAGACCCAAGACCUGGUGUCACUAUAUCGUGGUUCCGCCCUGGGCGUGUGGGGAGGUGGUGUAAGUGAUCCACCCAGAGUCUGCAUCAUGUGUCAAGAACAGGGGCGAGUGGAAUCUAUGACUGAACCGCUGGUACUGGUCGCGUUCGUACAACAGUCCCGCGUGUUAGCCCGCACACCGCCCCCAGAGCUCUUAGGGGCGACGGACCAAUGGGGCUUUGCAGAACUUCCGGCCGGUAUCGGAUCGCAGCCCCACGUCUCGUGCUGCGGUCACGCUCUACAUGCACGAUGCUGGAGGAAGUACGUCGACGGUGUGCUCGAUAAGGAAAAGCUGAGACCGUACCGCAUUCGUCAACCGGCAGCCUUUGAUGUUGAAAAGAAGGAAUACCUCUGUCCGCUAUGCGAAAGGCUCUGCAACACAGCUCUCCCAUUGUUGCCCGCGCCGCCCCUCCCACCCGGAAACCCACCCCCUCUCACUGAAGAGACUUUUGCUGAUGCAGCACAACUUAUUUUGAAGUUGAAACAUCAGGUCUGCUCAGCAUCAGUCCACCUUUGUACGGAGUACUGUGAAGAAAUGCACUGCAGAGCUCGCGCUCGCAGCGUAGGCGCGCUAUCAUCGGAACCCGAGGAGGAAAGCGCUGAUGAAGCUGAAGUUUACGUGACCACGCACGCGGAGAAUCUUCUGCCUCAUCACUUCCUGGUGCAAUUUGAGAACCAGCUGCCCGAAUACAAUGAGACCAGCAAGCAAUUGAUUGAUCAGUUUGUUACUAUGCUGCCAACUGUGAAUGGACAACCGGAAACUGGUGGCCUGCUGUCCCUAGCGUCAUUAUAUCGCGCUACCUCUUACACUAUUAUGAGCACACAUGCAGUCCUAAAAGCGGAGAAGAGACCGCUACUAGGUGAUCUCCCCUCGCGACACAGAGAUGCUCUCCAAUCCAUAAUUCGUCUGACGGCAGCGCUACCCACAGUUUGGUCAUCGCCAAAACAUAUAUCUCACCAUGCCCUUAGUACAUUAGGCACCUUGGAAAACACAUCUCCAAUGAAGCACCACGUCUUUAGCACUCUAGUUGCAUUAGUAUUGACGGCGCCAUCUCUGUUCUCUAAAGCGUCCGGGCCAGCUAGACCAACUCAUCUAGCCAGGCAGAUAACCCUUCAAGCUUUCAGAGCUCAGAUCACCCGAGCUCUCAUAGUGGUUAAUAUAAAAACAAGUGAGCCAAUGGAAGGUGCGGAACGAGUUAGAAGACCAGAAUUAGAGAAUCUAUUGCCCCUAGUCAAGGAAUUGAGGCGAGGAGAGCUGGACAUAGAUAAUGUAGACGAGCUCGAGGUCUGGGAAGCGGCCAAGCGACAGUGCCACGCGUUUCUGCGGUGCUGUUGUCUCUUCUUCCACUUUUUGAGCGACAUCAACCCGCCCAUAGAACUGACGGUCGCGGAUGGAGAUACUUGGGAAACGAUGUGCGGGUAUCUAGACCUACCUACGACUUUCAAAGAGCUACUGGAUACUCCUCUAGCAAGGAAAAAGGCCUUGGAGUGGGCGGGGUAUUCAGAUAACUGGUUUAAAGGCUUGAUACCGAGGCGGGUGGCGUUGGAACCCCGGGAUCCUCCCAGGCUGAUCAAUUUACCAGAAGAUUUCUCAGAGCUGAUGAAUAUAGUAUCGGAAUUCUCAUGUCCCAACUCUGAGAGGGAGGACAGCAAGAACCCGACUAUGUGUCUCGUCUGUGGACAGAUUUUGUGUUCGCAGAGCUAUUGUUGUCAGAUCGAAAUUAAGAAGUCAACCAGUCGCAGUGGCAGUGGUUCCGGUUCGGAGUUAGUAGGCGCAGUGGUUGCGCACGCGCUCUGGUGCGGUGCAGGCGCGGGUAUUUUCUUGCGCGUUCGUGAAUGUGAACUACUUCUCCUGGGCGUGCCAUCGCCGUCACGCGGGGCUAUGUUGGCUGCUCCAUAUUUGGAUUCUUAUGGAGAGACUGACCAGGGUCUUCGCCGCGGUAACCCGCUCCACCUCUGCCCGGAACGCUAUGAAAACCUUCGCAUGAUGUGGCUAAGUCACGGCAUCCAUGAACGUAUCGCUCGAGGUCUCGACACAAACAUGAUCCUAACUAACACCUGGCAGAAUAUGUGA